AUGCCAUCAUACAAACUUUAUUACUUCAAUGUACGUUCACGUGCCGAAGUAUCACGAUUAAUAUUCGCUGCUGCUGGUGAAAAAUAUGAAGAUGUGCGUUAUGAACAAGAUGAAUGGCCAGCACACAAAGAUGAAAUGCCAUUAGGUCAAAUACCUGUGCUUGAAGUUGAUGGUGUUAAACUACCACAAUCACGUACGAUUGCAAGAUAUCUUGCCAAACAAUUUCAUUUAGCUGGUAAAGACAAUUUUGAACAAGCAAAAGUCGAUGCUGUUGUCGAUACAAUUUAUGAUUUGUUGAACGCAUUUGCAACACCUUUUUUCGAAAAAGAUGAAGCUAAAAAAGAAGAAUUAACAAAGAAAUUUCUCAGUGAAGAAUUACCUAAACAUUUACAAAAUUUUGAGACUCUGGGCAAACUAUAUGGUAAUGGUGGUCAUUUCUUUGUUGAUAAUCAACUAACAUGGGCAGAUUUACUCUUCUAUAAUUAUAUACAAUCAUUUAUGGAAUUCAAAGCUGAUUGUUUGAAUAAUUUCCCAUGGUUACAACAGAAUCGUGCUGAAGUAGAGAAACAACCAAAAAUAGCAGAAUAUCUUAAGAAUCGACCCAAUUUACAAUUUUAA